AUGACCAAACGUGAUUGGGAUGCUGAAAGGGUAAGUUUUAAUAGUUAAACCUUUUGAAUUCACGAUUUCUGAGUAUAAUAUCGCAUGAAUUGAUGGAAAAAAUAAUUUUAGGUAUUUAUUGAUGAAUUUAUUAAUUUUUCAAAUAAUUUUAGCCGUUCAUCAACAUAUCGGAUGCCGUCCACGACAAUAUUCCCAUCAAAUACCCGAUAAACUUGCUCAUAGACACUCCUCAGUUUCAGAGACUUCGGUAUCUAAAACAACUUGGAGUUGUCUACCUGGUAUAUCCAACGGCUUCCUUUGGCCGAUUUGAGCACAGCCUUGGGCAAGUUUUUUUUCAAUUUUUUUGCUGUUAUAUUGAGUUUGAUUUAAAAUAAACUAAACUUGAUAGAACUAUAAGUUUUGAGGUAAAAAAAUGUUCAGGAGUUAUGUUUUAUACCUAAAAUAAUAUUAUUUUACUUGCAAUUGCUUUAUUUUAGCUUGAAUUUAAGUAGCUGUAGCCUACAUGUGAAUAUUUUUUAUUUGUAUUUGAAAUUAAGAGUAAAAUAAUUAUGUUUGUGCUGAUUUGUUACCUAAACUCUUGUUUUAGUGUCUACAAGUUGAGUUACGAGUUUGUUAGUCGGUUGGCGACGCAUCAACCGGAGCUGAAGAUUACGGGAAAUGAUAAGCUGUGUGUGGCCAUAGCUGGACUACUUCAUGAUCUCGGCCAUGGACCUUAUAGUCACGUCUACGAUGGCAGCUUUCUCAACCGUGCGUACAACGGCCAAAGCCAGUUUAGGGUAAGAUGAAGAUUUUUAAAGCACACUUUUAUAUUUAAAGUAGUGUCUUUUUUUCUUCUUUUUAUAUUGUAAUUGAUUUGAAAAUUAUUUUCAGCACGAGCAAGGAUCGAUUCGGAUGUUCGACUUCUUAUUGGCCGAAAAUCCAGAAGUCAAAGCUGGUUUGGACGAGUUCCUAACGGAACAGGAUUACAUCUUCAUCAAAGAGUUGAUUGAUCCUCCAUCCAGGUUUGUGGAUGGUAAAGGGGAAUGGAUACUGGCCGGAAGACCUCGUGAGAAAGGCUUUCUGUAUGACAUCAUAUCCAACAAGUUUGAUGGUUUGGACGUGGACAAGUUCGAUUAUUUCUUACGAGACUCGCGAGCUUCGAAUGUUACCAUUAGGUUCAACAAAGUCAGUUUAGAGAUUUUGUUAUUAUGUAACUCAUAAUUGAUAUUAUUUAUUGUUACCUAAAAUUUUCAAAACUACUGAGUGUUGUUUUAAGCUAUCAAAAUAAUAUCUUUUGAAUGUUAUAUUGUUAUAGAUUGUUAGCGAAAAAACAAAUGAAAACGCAAUGUCGUAUUUUACCUGUUAGGUUGUUUUAGGUCAUAUAAUAAUACUUUAGGUCGCAUUAGAGCGAAUCCACAAUCACACCAAGAUUGAAAAGGUCCAAAAUGGUCUGUUCAGGCUUUGUUACGCCUCAAAAGUCAAACAAAACUUGUCAGAAGCAUCGGAUUCAAGAGUAACGCUACACGAAACCGUUUACCAACACAAGACGGUAAUUGCGUACGAACAAAUGCUGGUCGAUAUGUUCAUGGCUGCUGAUCCGUAUUUGAGGUUCAAGGGAACAAACGGCAAAGAGUACAAGUUGAGUCAGGCUUACGAGGACCCUAAGGCGUUCAUGCAGCUGACUGAUGAUCAUAUUUUGUCCAUGGUAAGUUGGAUAUUCUUGAACUUUAGUUUUUUUGAUUUGAUAUGUAUAUUAAAAGACUUACAUUAUUGGGUUGAAAACCUCACUAUAAAUUUAGAUCCAACAUUCAUCAGAUCCAAACUUGAAGCCAGCUCAAGAGCUGUACAACAAGAUCUUAACCAGGAAACACUUCCGAAGGAUUGGCCAGAUCAAAUUGGCCAACAAAGAACUGUUCAAGGAAGAGAAGGGCAAGCUACUUGAGUUCUUCGAAGGGAAAGGCAUCAAUACUCAGGAUCUUCUUGUGCACGACGCCACAAUUCACCGAGGAUUGGGUGUGGAAAAACAUCCCAUCGAUGAGAUUUGGUUUUACGACUCUAAGACAACGGUGGAGCCGACUCGGCCGCGUCAAAGUGAGGUAUGGUUCUUUUCCAAUUUUGUAUCUGAAUUUAUAACAUUAAAACUGUUAUUUUAAAUUUUAAAACUUGAAAACUGGCAACCUCAAAGCAUUCUUACUAUGAAAAAGGCUUGAAACCAUAUUUUAAAUUUCAGAAGAUCACGAAUCCAGUAGCAGGCUAUGUCAUCAUGUACGUCUUCAGCAAGAACCUCUCCUUGACCAACGUCUUGAGAGACAUGUUCCAAAGCUACCGAGAGAACUACAAUACAAGAGUAAGCGAUUGAAUGUGUUUUAGGUAUAUUUAUGUUGUCGUGAACUUCUUAACCUUUUUAUGUUGUAGUAGACUUCUCACCCUGUUUUAAUAAAACCAUAAUAUUAUGCAUAAUAAAUGUUUUCAGUUUUUGUUGCAUUAUUUAUUUGUUUUUUAUUGUUUUGUGUGUAUUUUAGAACAGUUUUGUGGUGUUUUAAUUAUAAAACAAAACAAAAUGAGCUUACUGCUAGUUAUUGUAACGCUUUCAACUACUUUAUAUUCUUUUACUGCUUCCUUCUAUCAAUUAACAUCAUGUUUUACUUGUUUGAAGUGUUUUAAACUUACUUUAUGUUAAUUACUAACUAUUAUAACAAGAAUAUUAACAACUAACCGCUUAGCUUACUAAUACAACCACUUUUUAGUUCGAAGAACAACACAGAGAAAGGGAGGCCAGCCUCAAGCGACAAAACCAUCCACUUACUCCAGCAGAAGCUCCAGAUGUCAAACGUCUCAAAGCUUCUAACAGUGCUCAAGGAAUCGCGGUUUAA